AAAAACUGUCAGAUUUGAACACAAUAAUUUUAAUUAAAAAGCCGUUUAAUUUUUAACCGCAAUUUCGACAAACCCACAUGGAAGAUAAGGAAGAUAUUAAUAUUGGGAGUGAUAAUAAUUAUAAUAAAAAGCAUAUCGGAUAUUAUACACGGUCCAAAAGAAGGAAACUUGAAAACGGAGGAGAAGAGUAUACGAAAGCACCCCACAUUUCUACACACAAAAGAAAGCUAUCCAUUUUAUGUCUUCCAGACGAAAUUUUGAGCGUCAUUUUUAAAAAUGUGUCUAAAAGUGAUUUGAGCGAAAACGUACGUUUAGUCAAUCACAGAUUUAAAGAAAUAGCUGAAGGUAUUUUAAAUACUUGUUUUAAAAAAAUUGGCAAAACGAUCACCAAUCUAACGUUAACCACUGAACAGUCGUUACAACGCGCUGAUGAUGAUAUGGAAGUUAAGUGUGUCUUAAAACUGUUGAGUAUGUUAGAGAUUUUAAAAACACAGUAUGAUAUAGUGGUUGCUACCGUUUGGAGAUAUGUGUACAAUGACUAUUACAGAACUACCAAAUCUUGCGUUUUUGCUGGCAAAUUAAUUGAUGUAUAUUUUACCUUUAUGGAUAAAUUUUUACACUGUCCAUAUUUACUUUAUGCCUCGGCUGUGAUAAGAGACUACGAUCUUCCUCGUGAGAUAACAAUGAUAUUGCGAAUGACGAAGAGUUUUUGCGUACAUUUCGAUAAGGUAGUGGAAGAACCACUAAUUAAAAAACAAAUUGGCUGCAAAAUAGUAGACCUAGUUGAUUGUACAAAGUUCGUAAAAAAAACGAUAGUACAUGAACACAUCGUAGGUAGAGAUUACUUUGCUGGAGAAUAUUACUACUAUUUCCAAAAUUCAUGGUUUGUAUCUUUUCCAGUAGAGUCUGCAAAAUCCUCAGAUUGGUGCCAACACAUACGUAUGAUGCACAUGAGACUUAGAAGAAUUGUACAGGCUCAUAACGAAAUGUUUUUGCAACAAUAUCAAUAUGAACGCGAGUUAGGGUACAUACCAGACACGUUUUUUAUUAAAACGAGAAAGCCUGGGAAUAAUAGCUACACGGGUUACGGUGAUAUUGGAAACAACUUUUUUUAUUAUGGAGUGAUGAAUGAUGGUGCUUAUAUUCAAAAAUUCGGUGAAGAAGAAGGCCUAGAUCAGGAACCGCAGAUCGAAGUCGAUGAGUUUUUCGAUGAAGACAUAAUUCAAGAAGAUAUACCAGAACAUAACACAUUAUACGGAAUCCCUUAUUUGGGAUUUCGCGUGCACGUUAAAGUAAGAUGUCCUCUGGCUUGUGCCCCAUUAAACUUUUUGAUCACGUUAGAUGAAGAGUUUAAACAGCAAAUAAAACGCAGGAAGAAAACAGAUAUCACAGUCGAUAUGAAGGUCCUGUUUGAUUGCGAAAGCGCUUGCUAUCCCCGUUUACCUACUACCUAUGAAUACCAUCAGAUCACUUAAUCGCUACUUAUUAUUUUCAUUUUAUCUCGUAUUUCAACAUUUUAUUUUUUCAACAGUUUUAAUUUUAUUUAUUUGGUCGAUAAGACAUUUUAUAAAAUUUUUUCGAAUGUUAAAACUUAUAGUAUGUCAUUUUAUUCUAACUGUUAAAUAAAUAUACCUACAUGUUAAA